GGUAUUACUGGGCGUCUGUUCAUUCAUAUGCAACGACAAAUACCAUGCUGCAAAUCAUCUCUGAGGGGGCUAAUCAUCAAGUUAGGCCACGCGACAACCUAGAGAUGAAUGGAACAAGCUGUUCCGUCCAAAAUAAAUUAUACUACUAACAAAUAAAUGAAUGAAACAAGGUGUUUAUAGAAGCUCAUGAAACGCGGCGCGAACGCGUCCGUCCCAUAGGCACCCUUCCAAAAGAGCUCCCGGGCCAGCUACGGAACAUUCUCUUCAUCUGGUUGUCGCCAACACGCCCAACCGUAUCAUAUCGGUCGACCGUAUCACCCGCCGUCGUGUCCGUCCGUUCUGUCCAUGCAGGCAGGCAUCAUCCUGUUGAUUUGGGUAAUUCACGUCCCGACGAAGAGCAUUUAACAAGGAGAUAAGAAACGGAUGCAAUCCAGCAACCGAAUCAGAAGUCCUUCGACCACGCACACGCACCUGCCCCCAAUCACCUCAACCACACCAAUGCUCCGCUCCAGUAGAUAGAAAUCUCACCUCAGGAAAUACUAAGAUAUAUACUAUAGGAUUUAAACACGGCGAGCCCAAACAGUUUCCCUUCAAUCAAUCAAACCACCACAAAAAAGAGACCAUUCAAAUCGGCAGCAACAGCAAAAGAUUAAAAAAAAACAUUCAUAUCCGCGACUCGCACGCAGCCCGAGACGGCCCCGCAUUUCUUCUUUGACCCGCGCGCGCGCCACAGCGAUGAGAUCCCCACCUCCCUUUAAAACCCCACGACAACCCACCAUCCGAUCUCUCUCCUUCUCCUACCCUUCUCGCCCACACGCACGGACUAACCGGACCGAAUCAAACCGCGCAACCGUGCGCGCGACUCCUCCUCCUAGUGGGGCCGCGCGAUGCCGCUGGACGGCGGCGGCGGCGGGGCGGCGGUCAUGUUCGUGGCGUACGCGGCCCUGGCCGUGGCGGCGGUGCGGGCGGUGCUGUCCUACAAGUCGGCGGCGCACGCGGCGCGCCGGCUGUGGCGGUGGGCGGACGAGUGGGCGCAGGCGUACCAGUACUACGAGGUGCCGCGCUUCGCCGGCGAAGGGGCCGAGAACCCGCUCUUCCGCAAGGCGGCGGCGUACGUGGCGUCGCUGCCGUCGCUCGAGGACGCGGACGCCGCCUGCGUGCUCUCCUCCGCCAGCAAGAGCAACGACUUCUCGCUCCAGCUCGGCCCGGGCCACACCGCGCACGACGCCUUCCUUGGCGCGCGCCUCGCGUGGACCAACGGCGGGGAGCGCCUGGUCCUCCGCGUGCGCCGCCAUGACCGCACGCGCGUGCUGCGCCCCUACCUGCAGCACGUCGAGUCCGUCGCCGACGAGAUGGAGCUGCGCCGCCGCGACCUGCGGCUCUACGCCAACACCGGCGCCGCCCUCGCGCCGCGCUGGUCGUCCGCGCCCUUCACUCACCCGGCCACGCUCGACACGGUGGCCAUGGACCCGGACCUCAAGACCCGCGUCCGCUCCGACCUGGAGAGCUUCCUCAAGGGCCGCGCCUACUACCACCGCCUGGGCCGCGUCUGGCGCCGGAGCUACCUGCUGUACGGCCCGCCCGGCACCGGCAAGUCCACGUUCGCCGCCGCGAUGGCGAGGUUCCUCGGGUACGACGUCUACGACAUCGAUCUCUCCCGCGCCGGCACCGACGACCUCCGCGCGCUGCUCCUGGACACCGCCCCGCGGUCGGUCAUCCUCGUGGAGGACCUCGACCGGUACCUGCGCGGCGGCGACGGGGAGACGUCGGCGGCGCGGGCCGCCAGGGUGCUGGGGUUCAUGGACGGGCUUUCGUCGUGCUGCGGCGAGGAGCGCGUGAUGGUCUUCACCAUGAGCGGCGGCGGCAAGGAGGGCGUGGACCCGGCCGUGCUGCGGCCGGGGAGGCUGGACGUGCACAUCCACUUCACCAUGUGCGACUUCGACGGCUUCAAGGCGCUGGCCAGCAACUACCUGGGCCUCAAGGACCACAAGCUCUACCCUCAGGUGGAGGAGGGCUUCCACGCCGGCGCCCGCCUGAGCCCGGCCGAGCUCGGCGAGAUCAUGCUCGCCAACCGCGGAUCCCCGAGCCGCGCGCUGCGCACCGUCAUCAGCGCGCUGCAGCACGUGGUGGCGGCGCCGCCGGCGCACGGGCGGACGAGCACAACCGCCGCGCGGCCUCCCAGGCUGACCUCAAGGCUGUCCGGGCACCUCGACGGGUCCUCCAGCCCGGCGGCGGAGAGCCAGUCGCCGGUGGCUGCCUGCGCCGGCGGGGGGUUCGGGAAGGACGCGCCGAUGAGGGAGUUCAAGAAGCUGUACGGGCUGAUCAAGAUCAGGAGCCGCAAGGAGGGCGGCGUGGUGCCGGUGGACGACACGGCGUCGGCCAACGGGCGGGGCAGCGACGCCAGCAGCGAGAAGGACCGGUGAUUAAUGAACGCACAUCUUUUUGGUUUUGCUUUGCGCGUCUUCACACCUGAUAUGAUCGUGAUCGCUUAACCUUUAAGCGCCUCUUUUUUUUUCCUUCUGUUCUCGAUUGUAAUUUGGGGGUUGUACAUUGUAGUCUAGCUAGUGUAAGGCAAUUGCAAACGGAUGGCACAAGUUGGGAACAAAAUUAUCGAAAAAAAUAAUCGAAAGUAGUUGUACAUAGAUGAGAACUGGCUACAUACAUAUGAUUAUACGAAUAUAUGUAUAACUGUAAA